AUGGCUUCCUCGGUGGAAUUGACCGUCAACCCCAAAGCGCCAGACCACCAACAAGGAGACGAAGCCAAAGAUGCCGGAGUCACCAUCUGGGACACCGAAUCGGAUAUAUCAAAGAAUCCAAAGAGCAUCUCUUGGUAUGUCAUCUUUGCCAGCGCCCUUGCAAACUUUUCAGACGGAUACCAAAACAAUCUUUCCUCAAACACAAACGUAGUCUUCAAACACACACUCGGGAGAGCCUACACCUCCACCAUACAAACCCGAAUCUCCAACGCCUUGCUCGUAGGCGCGGUAAUCGGUAUAAUCCUCCUCGGCUAUACCUGCGAUAUCUGGAGUAGACGAGGAGGACUGUGGGUAACUUCGUCUCUGGUUGUUGUGGGCAGUUUACUUGCUACUUUGGUAUUCCAGGUGCAAGGGCAGGGCGUAAGUGAUAUGAUGUGGUACAUGACUAUCGCGAGGGGAAUCACUGGCGUGGGUGUGGGAGGUGAGUAUCCGCCUUCUGCUGCUGCAGCGUUGGAGGGGAGUAAUGAGCAUUACGACCACAUCAGAGGACCCAUCCAAGUCCUCACUUCCACCCUCAUGGCCACCUCCGCAGCACCAAUUGGCACGGCAAUCUACCUGCUCACUCUCAUCGCCACCAACAACAACCUCAUCACAGCCUACCACGCCAUCUACUCCAUUUCCAUCUUCCUCCCUCUCUUCGUCGCCUUCCUCCGUUUCCGCAUGCGCGACGGCCUCCUCUUCCACCGCAACAAGUUCAAAUCCAAGCUUUCUCCUCCGUACCUUUUGGUGCUUAAACGCUACGGCUGGAGACUUUUGGGAACAAGCUCUGCGUUCUUCAUCUAUGAUUUUAUCAAUUUUCCAAACAGCAUCAUGAGUGCUGCGAUCAUCAAUAACGUGGUGCCAGGCAAGGAUGUACGCCAAACCGCCAUCUGGCAAUUCAUUCUCGCAUUACUUGCAGUACCCGGCCCCAUCGUGGGAAGCUACCUCACCAACCGCAUUGGUCGCCGCUGGACGGGUAUCGCAGGAUGGACUGGAUAUAUCGUUCUUGGCUUCAUCAUAGGAGGCUGCUAUACCUCCUUGACUUCCAACGCUAUUGCUGCAUUCGUGGUGUUAUACGGACUCAUGCAGAGUUUCGGGCACAUGGGACCUGGGGCCACCAUUGGUCUGAUGUCAGUGGAACUUUAUCCUACUGCUGUACGAGGAAUGAGCUAUGGUAUCUCUGCUGCUUUUGGCAAGGCUGGUGCUGCGGUGGGGACGCAGGUGUUUACGCCGAUUAGGGAUCACGCUGGACCGGCUAGUACAUUUUAUCUGCUGGGUGGUUUGAGUAUUCUGGGAGCGGGGAUAUACUAUAUCUUGCCAGAGGGCAGGGAUAUCGAUUUGGCCGCGGAGGAUGAGAGUUUUAAUAUCUAUCUGAGGAGUGAGGGAUUCGGUGGUGAUGAGGUGUCUAGUUGA